CCUCCUGUGUGCUGUUCCUUUAAAUAUCAGCUGUGGGGAGGCUACAGUUAAAAGAGGAGUAAAAUAGAUACAUAUUUGAUACAAAGUUGUGUCAUAACAUUGAGGAAGCUUCAGGCAAAACUUAGGAACUGAAUGGGGUUUAUAUAUUUAAUUUUAAAUCACUUUUGCAGGGGUCUAGGCGAACCAAAGAAAAUAAAAGUUUUUGAAGGAGUUCAGAGAAGCGGCCUGGAGGAUGUGGCAGGUGUUGGUGCCUUUGCUGUUGGCGUGGCUGCUGCCUGCCGUGAGCAGCCACAACGCCAGCCAGGAGGAGAGAGGUUCCCCAGAUGAGCUCUUACUGUGCAGGUCAUGCGGCUUCGAGGUGGCCGCCAGCCGGGACCUCAAGUUCGUGGCCAGCGCCCUGGCUUUAGCCCAGCGUAACGACACGGUGAUCGGCGAGCGCAGGGUCCCGGUGCAGCUUUUCCAGAACCCCCAGGGACUUCGCUUCCAGGUACUCACUUUCAAGAAGGCCACUGUACACAGACACUGGCCGGCGGAGGAGCAGUUCUCCUGGUUCCCUGGACACUCUUGGACAGUGGCAACGUGCCCCAGGUGCCAUAAUCACUUAGGUUGGUCAUUUCAGCCCAGCAUCUGGCCUCAGCAUGUUACAGAUGAAGAGUUUGAGGAUUCAGAUGAGACAUUUGUUGCACUCAUAAUAGACAGACUCCUCCAGGAAAAUUUUGCUGCAACACUUCUCAUGGUACCCAAGUCCUACCGGAGUUGAAAUCAAACCUAUUUUUUGUAAAGAAAUAAAAAUAUUUAUAACUAA